GCUAAUGUUUUGAUACGUUCUAAGGAUCUCCAAAAAGCCUCAGAUCUUCUUUUAGGUGAAAUAGCUUCACAAUUGGAGAAACAAAUUGGAGUUGAUCUUGCAAUUAAUUCCGCGUUCAACGAAGCUUGUGCUAAUUACUUCAAGGCGGCCGAUGACCCUCGCCAGUUCUAUGAAAGCACCCUUCUCUACUUGGCGUAUACAUCUUUGAACUCGAUUCCUCUUCAACGGCAACAGCUCAUCGCUUACGAUCUUGCAGUUGCUGGUUUGAUUGCUGAUGGAAUGUUUGAUUUUGGGACUUUGAUCUCCGCGCCGAUUUUGACAACUUUAGAUCCCUCACAGAAGUGGGUUGUUGAUUUUAUUGAAGCUGCGUCUGAAGGCUCGCUCCCUAUGUUUGAAUCGGCAAUGAAGCAAUACCCGCAGCAGGCGAAUGUAAGCGCAUUGCGUGGCACAUAUUCCAUGAUUUUCUCAGGAUGCAUUCGGCGCUAG